ACACAAACUCGCAAAAAUGGAGGGGGAGAGGGAGAGUCAGAGUUAUCGUUUUAAAGAUGUAAGUCACGAAAAUGCUGUAGCAAAUAGCGAAAAAGAUCAAUUGGAUUCUUCAAGCUGUCGAGAAAGUGAAAACAUAGCCAACGUGGCUGUUACCACUCAGUGUAACAUUACUGUCGACGAGGAAACGGGCUGUGAGCAACCUCCAAAGGGAGAGUUAAUGAAAAGACUGUCUGGGUGGAUGGUACAUAAUACAUCGAUGCCCGCUAGUGAAGGUUCAAAAGAAUUGGACAAUAAGGAAAACUGCACUGGCUCUGAAAUAUCGGAUACAUCACGGGUGAUUGUGUCAACUAGGCACAGUGCAGAUUUGCUAAACGGUGAGACCGCUAACAUUCCAGACCACAUAAACGAAGACGGCCUGUCACCUCAAAGAGAAAGUCCGAAUUAUGAUUCUGAGGUCUUACGGAAAGCCAAGGAUGAAGGUGUGGUUGACGUCCUCUUCUCUGGAUAUGUCACGAAAGAAACUUGCUGCAAGUUUGUUUGUGAAAUCCUCAAAUGUGUACUCUACCAACGACAACAGCUGCCAAUGACUUAUGAUCAGCUGAGGUACCACCAGAAGCAGCAACAGACAUCUACACAGGAAAGAGACAUUGUGGGCUGGAGGCCACCGAGAGGCCCUGGGGGUCUGGACUGGAGGAAAUGCCAGCGCACACUGCAGGACCUGGACGAGUUGGUGGGGCACAUGGAGGCGCUUUUCUCCCUGACGCUGGUUCCCCGUGUGCUGCUAGUUUUGGGGGGCUCUCUGGUUCUACCCAAAGAGCUGUACGAGAUCAACAUGGAGGAGGUGGCUCUAAGCACUGGGGAUGCCUGCCUGCACGCAUCUGUGUGCCUGCGGAAGAUCUUCCGCACUCUCUUCGUGGCUGACCUCUUGACGGACGCACGACCCGUUCACCUUCUGACCACAACACUCAUGGCGCUGGGGCACAGGGACUGUGGUGUGUCUGGGUUUAGACCCAAGUUGGAUUUCAAGAUGCCCACACGAGUGAAAAGACAAGUCAUUAAUAUAGCUUGUAAUGAAGACGGAGUAGCACAAUCAAACUCUCUAGACUGGGGGGACUAUGUGUGGUUUCAAGCACCCAUAACCAUCAAGGGAUUCUGCAAAUGAUAAUUCAUCAAGAAAUGCCUCAAAUUGUAGUUAUAAGUUCUAACUUAAAAUGUCUGGAUUUUCCAUGGUGCUGGUCAGCUCUUGGAACAAAAUUAAGGGAACAACAUUAAGAGAUACUCAGGACCUUGCGUUUGUUCAGCUCCGUGGUUUUUUUUUCAUUAUUAUUAUUAAAUGAAAUGCAAAAUGUUUUUUUUUUAAUCUAUGAACGUUAUUCUCAUAGACAUUUUUGAAAAGUCAGUGUUUUAGAAUAGUACUGUCAUCUGAUAUGAGGAUAAGAUACUGAGCACAAAGCGUAUUCACUGUUUUAGUCCUGUAUAUUUAGUCAUUUUACACAGGCUAAGGUUAAGAUGUAUGUAUGUUUGCACCUUAAAACACAUUUAUACAGCUUAACCCUUUCAUGUCAACAAGGACUUUCUACGUUCAACUGUGAAGUUGUUGAUGGCUACGAAUGGAGACUCUUUUAUAUGCCUCAAGAAAUUGACACAUUGUAUGAUAAGAUCAAAUGGAAUUAUAGGUGGUGGUUUGCAUCUACCAUGUAACAUGGUGGUAAAAACAGGUGCAAAAACUAAACUGUGGUUUGUCAUGGCUGAUUUUCCACAUCUCUCUUCUUGAAGCUGCACCCAAGAUUGACACUUCUUUAAAGGGAUAUUCCGCCAUUUUUGGAAAUACGCUCAUU